AUGUCCUCCAGCAGUAGUAGAAAAAAGGAGCUAACAUCGUCCGCCGACAGCUUAAACGGUAAGACCGCUAGACGGUACCAUCAUAUUUGCAUGUGAUAAACUUACUGCUCAAGGGAAUGGUUUGUGGUUAAAAUUUUUUUGUUAAAUUUUCAAGCGCAAUUUAAAAGCAUGGAUUCAUAAGCAGCAUUUUACAGCCUUGAUUUAUCAGCAAGUGCUUUGAAUUUAAGCGAGAAAUGAAUUUGUAGCGUGAUGUUUGUGUUCAAAGAAUUCGCGCGUUCAUAUGUGAGUUGAAUUGCAUGACACAUGCUAUAUGCCAGUAUAUGACGUGUAUGGCCGCUUUUUUAUACUCUCUCUUUGGUUAACUGUGAUAUUAUUUCACUCAGAGGAUCUCUUUUUGCGUAACUGUUGUCGAUAAACCUUAUUUGUUCUUGUUGGCAAGGAAUUUUUCGUCUUUAUAUGUUGAAUUUAAAAGUUCCCGCUGCUCGCGCCGGUCUCGCCGCGCAAUAAACCGUGCGGGAUUUGGGAAAGAAUCGAAAAAUCGAGGGAGAUUUCUUUAUUUUUUUUUCUCCAAAUAACCCAUACACAUAUAGAAAGAAAUCAUGUCUUAAUGUUUUGAGUAUAACUAAUAAGCCCUGGUUGUUUUUAUGGAAAUUCCCCUCGGAAAAAAGGAUCUGUAUUGUAACUUUACAAGCUUUCAUUUUAUUAUAAAAAUUUCACUUCACUUUGACAAUCCAUCGUUAAAAAGAUAUCAGUUCAUUUUAGCCUUAAAAUCACAGUAGAAAAAUACAAGUUAAGAAAUAUAGAAAAAUAUAUAUUUUGAUGCUAGUGACAGGAAAUAUUUUACAAUGCUUUGUUAAAGGAGAAAUGAAACCAAACAUUUUUGACUAGUUAAAUCAUCUUCAGGGUGGUUUUACCAAUUGUAUUGUGGUAGUCUUUACACUAUAACCUAAAUAAGCUAAGAAAUAUUUCAAGACAAGUAAAUUUUAAAUUCUUAAAGUAAAAGAAAGUUUCACACACAACCUAUCUUUUUUACUUCAGGUUAACUUAGGGCUAUUUUCCCACUCAACAUAAUUAGGAUUUAAGAUUGCUUGACAUGCUUCACCUUUCUCAAAGCUCAAGAAACCACAAGUUUGCAAAGUCGGUUUUAAGGAUGGUUGUCAAGUCAACUUUUCUUGAAUCGUUUCAACUUUCCGACUUUUAAUGAGAUGCAAAGUAAAAUAACAUGAGAUUUUCCUUAGGCUUUAACACACGUAGCCGGAGAAAACAGCCAACAUUUGGUGACGCUACCACUGGUGUCCCCGUGAAAUGAUGUCUGCGAAACGAGUGCAGAAAUUCCAUACUGAUGACGCGUCACCACCCAAAUCUGGGUAGUGCUCCUGAUUUGUCGUGCCAUGUGGGAAAUUUGAUUCAACCAAUCAGAGGCACUACCCGGAUCUGGGUAGUGACGCGUCAUUGGUAUGGAAUUUCUUUGCUUGUUUCUCAGACGUCAUUUGGCGUGGAAACCAGUGGUAGCGUUGCAAAUGUUGGCUGCUUUUUCAGGCUAUCACACACGUAUCUUUGGUUAAGUAAAACUUAGCUGAUAGCAGCUGUUAAGUUUUUCUUAACAGCCUAGUGUAAAGACUACCAGUAUUCUUCUUAUUACCACACCCUCUUCCAAAAUCACUUCCUAAUACAUUGUACUUGUCAAAUUCUCCUUUCUUAUUCCAUACAGUUAAACUUGCAUUAUUAUACAAACCUGUAUAAGCCAGUCGCCCCCUAUUACAUGUAGGUGGUCACUCACCAAAGUCCUGAAAAUUAUUUCUCUUUACUGUAAAACUAACCUGUAUUAAGCAGUCACCUCCAUUGCAGGGUGUAAUUAAGAAGUUGUGGCCACCUUGUCUGGGGUCCCAAGAGGUUAUUUUUCAUUGUCUUCACCGCUAUUGAAUGUUCAAUACACUAAUAACACACUUGCAUGGCAUUUAUUGGUCAUUUACUGAUAUUAUAAGGAGAAAUUUGGCAGUUAUGGCUAUUGGGGCUUGAAGGGUUAACAAGGGGAUCACUUAAUUAAGCUGAGGACUGUAAGAAAUAACUAGAAGGAACCUGAUGAAUGGAGGCCACAACAGCAUAACAAAGAUUAGUAUUUCAGUAAUUAAAGGUAACAAUUUCCAGGACUUUGCUUGGCAAGACUUGAUUGUGUAGUGAAGGGUGAGUACUUAAUACAGACCUGUUCAUUCAAAAUUCUAAAUAAAAGUUUUUAAGCAAAAUAGGCCUGAUAGUUUUUUCACAUAUAAGUUAUUUUGGCAUUCACAAAAAUUGUUUUUGGUUUUAAAUUUUUCCAAGUAGAUGGUGAUAUUGAGAAACCAUCGGCUAAGAAACGGAGGACAGAGGACUCUGGAUCUGUGAAAAACACCCAGAAUGGAAAGAAGCGGAAACGAGAUGAAGAGAGUGACGUAAGUCCUUUUUAUCAUUUGCUCUCUGUUGAUGCCUUGACAGGUUAAAAUUUGGACAAGCAGCAUGGCUUUGAAACAGUGAUAUGAGAGAAGUUCAAUGAAAUGAUGAAUAUGAAUUUCAUAUCUCCUAGCCUGGGUUACAGGAGCUGAGGGGAGGGUGAGGGAGGGAAAAAGUGAGAGAGGACUGGGGUGAAAAGGAAAGGGAUGCCUGCUGUAAAAACCGGCUUUUGUUCAUUUAUUGCGGCUGCUGGUGUCGGCAAACUUCUGAUUGGCUUUGUGGCAAUGAGUAACUUAUUGACAUGUAUUAAGUGAUAAAGGGUCACCAUGCAGGCAUCAAAAUGUGUUCUACUGGCAUAAGCUUAUCAAGAUCAAAAUUACACUAAUCAAGUGGUAACUUCUCAUUGAAACUGGAAAUAGAACCAGCCAUAAUAGCUUGGUCAGCAGGCAGAAAUACUAUUGAGGUUUUUUAUACUGCAUUUUUCCAAGCAUCAAGCGGUGAUUCUUGUCAAGUGUGAUCCAUUUUGCAAUACCGAUUCUCGUGAGAGCACCGAUGAUAAGUAUUUAGAGAAUUUUAGAUGCUGGGUAAGCGGCUUUUCAGUAAAAUCAUAUACUGCCAUAAAUGAACUUUUACACUCCAUUUUUAUACUCCAUAUGGUUUUUGGAGAGAGAGGUGAUGCUUUGGUGAAAACUAUCCAUUGAUUGUUUUGACUGCUAGCUGGAAUAGUUUUGUCUUGAGGCAAGACCGUAAGUUUUGUUUAUUCACAUGGAGCAAAUCAAUGUUCAAAACUGUUCUGUUUUGAUAAAAUAUUAUUGUUGUAAAAAAGCGUCGCUACAUGAUAAUUUCUGGUUUAAGUUUUGCCCAUGCUGAAAAUCACCCCUGCUAGUGGUUGGUCAUGUAUUUACAGUUAGCAUUAUCAGAUUACUCAGGGAAUUGGUGGGUGUUUUCUCCCUCUCUCUUUUCCCUUUUGGGCUUUUCUCCCCCUCCCCUCUCAUCCCCUUUUUUGUGCCUGCCAUGCAAGCUAAUUUUCCAGACUUUCUUACAUACAUACAUACUUUAUUGUUACCUCCCCAAAAGGGCUUUUCAGGAACAAUGAUUAUAUUACAUUAUUUAUAAUAACUAAUUACAACACUUAAUCUAAUUCUACUUACAAUGUUAGCUAAUUACUAAUUACAAUGUUUUAAAAUUAACUAAGAAGUAUUUACAAAAUUUCUUUGUGCAACUGCUUAAGUUGUGUCUUGAACUGUGAUGAUCUUCUCUGCAUUUACAAAUCAAUUGGUGACAAAAAAACCUAAAGAUGGGUUGAAUCAGUGACAGCAAUAAGAAGAAUUAAUUUGCAAAAACAAUAGUAUAAUACAGACUGGCACAUGGCUUCCUCCUCAAUUUGCAAAACAACAGCAACAACUUUAUUUAGUAUUCCCAUGUAAGUACAUGGUAUUACCUAGACUGUACAUUAUUUAUGUUAUAAGUCUUAAAUCAAAAUAAAGGCUAUAAUUAAAGAACAAGUUUUUGUCUAUAUUCCAUACAUGAAUGUAUGUAAGCAGCUGUAAGUCUGUAGAUGUAAGGAUCAGCAUUUUUAAAUAUGAAGAGGGUUUUUUCAUUGUUGACAAAAUGAUUAAAAAGGGGGUAUCUAUUAUUAAUGUUUUUGUAAAAGUUAGAUCAAAGACUAUCGUAAAGAUUACAAUUGAAUAGGAAAUGUAAUUUGUGUUCAACUUCAUUGAAGUGGCAGAAGGGGCAAAUUCGAAGAUUUUCUGGAAUUUUUGGUUUGGUACAGACUGUAUGUCUGCCUGUUUUAAUUUGUAAGCGAUAGUUGCCAAGUCUGAAUUUAUGUAAUCAUUAUGUGUUUCUGGGAACAACAACAGGUUUUGAAGUUCAAACUAGGGACAUACUGUGUACCUUAUUUAAUCGAUUAACCGCUGUGGGCGCUUAUUAAAUUUUUGGACCUUGAUAGUAGACGCUUAUUUGAGGUGGGUGCUUAUUGGAGGGUGGGUGCUUAUUAAAUUUUCACCAUUUUCAGCAAGUUUAGUAUGUUUAUUUUGCAACAAACAAUAAAUGGUAAUAACAAAAUGUGAAGAUGUAACAAAGAAAGGUUUCUGUAAAAUACUCUGAAGAAAAUUCCGUCUUCGCGGAAGUCUCUUAUUAGUACUUAUUCAAUUUCAAUGAGUAGGAGGGGGAUGGGGGUGGGCGCUUAUUCGAGGCUGGGUACUUAUUAACUUUUUCUGCCUUUACGAUGGGCGCUUAUUCGAGGUGGGCGCUUAUUUGAGGUUGGGCGCUUAUUUGAAUAAACACGGUACCUAACCUUGCUAACAGGCCCUCCUUUUUUCUCUCUGGGUGUUUGAAAGAAAAAGUUUAAUUCUCUUAUCAUUUCUAUUUCUUAGGAUGAGAUUUCAGUCAUAGAAGAUGAGCAGGGUUCCAAAAGGCAAAAUGUGGCUUCUGAGAAAGACUCUCCUGUUGGAGUCGCACAGGCUGAUGAUGAGAGCAACAAGGAUGUAAGCAAACUGUUGUCGUUAGAUGCAUAUAUUUGAGAUAUAUGUAUGUGUAGUCACCCAGCUUUAUGAUGGCCAAGAACUGCCUAUUAAAAAUCCAGAUUUUUCAGGGACUAUUUUUCUUGUUUGAUUACUUUUCACUUGUGUUCUGUAGUUAUUUCUCUGUCUUUCCAGUCUACUCUUAUUUUCUUAAAUCAAAAUAAAUUCUUAAAUGAAACCCAAGUAAAAUCAGAUCACCCAAAUCAAAAUCCAAUUUUUAACCCAGAUGAGUGCUACUACUACCUGCAUUCCUUUUAUAUAUCAGUCUAACAGCAAUUAUUUAUGUUUAAAAUGCUCAUUCACCCCUUCAAUAAUGUUUAUUUGUGUAAUUGAAUGACUACUGUGCUUUUUUAAGGAUGAACCAUCGAAGGCUGAGUCAGUAGCAGUGGAGCUUCGUUUGAAAAAUAUUGAGGUGAAGCUUUCUGAAGAGAAUGAACAAGGACUUACUUACUUGAAGUUUACCAAACUUGUCCGUCACCUGAUCGUGGAGGCCAACCCAUCAGCAGCUCACACAAAAAUUAAUGCACUUCUAGGAGCACUGUGGAGUGACUACAAGAAAAAGAAAGGUACAGGUGCUGUUACACCUAAUGUUCCAAGUCCAAAAAGCUCGGGUGGCAAAGCAAAGAAGCAAAAGAACCCAGCCAAAGCUUCCAAGUCUACAAAAUCACAGGUUGGUGUAGGUACAUUGCACUUUGUAUGCAGUAAAAAAGGAUAGCUAUGUAGAUCGUCACAAUAAGUUGUAAAUAUUUGGACAAAAUCCUAUGAUUUUAUCAUUCAAAUGAAAACCUUUUGGCAGAACGUUUGCAUGGUAUUUGUUUAGCAACUAUUAGUGUUGAAAAGGGUAAGGAUCUUUUGAUAAUCAAAAAUGUAACCUCUUCAUAGUAGAAAAAUAUGUCUGUUUACCACUAGAAACUGAACAGCUGCUGGAAGUGAGUUGUAUUUUUUUGUUUCUUUGUUUUCACUCUAGAAAGAGGUUGUUGAGGUUGUGUCGGAUGUUGACGAAUCUGAGCCAGAGUCAGUUGUUGAGGCUAUUGAUAAUGAAGAUGAUGAGGAUGAUGAUGAUGCUAGUGAGCCACAGCCUGAUAAUUCUAAAUCCAGACCUAAAAUUAAGCUGCUGUUUAAACCAAAGAAGGGUACUAAAGGUCAGUUAAAUAACAUAAAUCUUGUUUUUCAAUUUUGUAACUAUUUAAAGUGGAACCCACUAUAAUGAAGUACCAAGGGUUUGCAAAAUCGUUUAAUGUAAUUUGGAGAGGUUUAGAAUCACAUUUAUGGCAAAUGGCAAACAGCAAUAAUUCAACCAUGUGACCAAGUUUUUCCGCUACUUUUUGUUUACAUUUUCUUAUAUAUAUACACACAUGAGUAAGCCUCAUGUCAUGUUUAUCCAUGAGACUGGCUGUUUAAUUCCUUAUUUGAGAAAUAGUCAACUUUAAUCUGGCAUUUUCUGUUUGCCAUAAAUGUAAUUCUAAAUCUGUGCAAUAUAUUGUGAUGUUAUUUAAAAUGCCUUGUUCAUUCAUAGUAACUCUGGCAGUAGUGUCCAUUCAGUAUGAAGAUAUGUGCUAAGUAAAGGUUUAUUACCUUGUGGUUUGACUGUGUUCAAGUCAUUUCAUAUUAUUCAACUUGAAGAAAUAUUAUUUUUAUCUUAUGAAAGGUGAAAACUUUAAGAAAAUAAUAUUAUUAUAAACAGCAUGUAUAUGUUGUGGUUUAAAUUUUUCCUUGGUUUAAAAUUUUUCAAAGCUGUUUAAUUUUUGUUUUUCUUUUGUCUCUGAUUAUGGUAAUUGAUUUUAGACAAAGGAAAGUAAAAUUAAACUGGUGAAAAAAUUUUAAACCGAGGAAAAAAAUUUGAACCACAAAUAUAUAUAACAACUCUUUUUUUUUUUGGUGAAACAAAUGAUUAAUUUUUAAAAUCUGCUCUAAUUUGUUUUUGUUUUUCCCAAGGUGACAGAAAAUCUAAAAUUGUAGAUGAUGACAGUGAUCGAAGUGAAGCUAGCUCAGGAAGUAGGUCAAAGAAGAGUAAUGGUAGAGCUAGCACUUAA